AUUUUUCAUUAUCCACAUAACUUCACACUACAAACACACCAACACAAAUAAAAAUCUCUCGGAUCAAUCAAAAUCAUCAAAAAAAGAAAAAAAAACAAGAAACCAAACUAAAAGCUCUUAGUUCUUGAAUCUUGAAGCUACCAUGGAAGGUGCUGAAGUGUAUAUAGGUGGUGGGAGUUUACGCAGAGAUGAGUCUUUCAUAUUCAGAAGCAAUAAUGCAAUGGAUGGUUUUUCUAAAUCUUCAAGAAUUGAUGAAGAAGACGAUGAACAAGCUUUAAAAUGGGCUGCGCUUGAAAGAUUGCCGACUUAUGAUCGUUUAAAGAAAGGUUUAUUAACUACUUCUAAGGGUAAAGUCAGUGAGAUUGAUGUGGGAAAACUUGGAUUUAAAGAUAAAAGAGCUGUUCUUGAUCGGUUGGUUAAAAUUCCUGAAGAAGAUAAUGAAGCAUUCUUGUUAAAACUCAAGAACCGAGUUGAUAGUGUUGGAAUUGAAUUUCCUACGAUUGAAGUUAGAUUUGAGAAUUUGAAAGUUGAAACAGAAGCACAUGUGGGGAGUAGAGCUCUGCCGACAUUUCUUAACUUCUCUAUUGAUAUAGCUGAGGGAAUCUUGAAUAAUCUGCAUAUUCUUUCUAGUAGAAAGAAAAGAUUGUCUAUACUUGAGAAUGUUAGUGGAAUUGUCAGACCAAAAAGGUUGACUUUACUUUUGGGUCCUCCAAGUUCUGGAAAGACUACUCUUUUGUUGGCUUUGGCUGGAAAACUUGAUCCCAAAUUAAAGUUUUCUGGUAAGGUGACUUACAAUGGUCAUGAGAUGAAUGAAUUUGUACCCCAGAGAACAGCUGCCUACAUCAGUCAACAUGAUAACCAUAUAGGUGAAAUGACAGUGAGGGAGACCUUGGCAUUUGCUGCACGAUGCCAAGGAGUCGGACAUCGAUAUGAAUUGUUAACCGAGUUGCUUAGAAGAGAAAAAACAUCACAUAUUAAGCCUGACCCUGACAUUGAUGUUUUUAUGAAGGCAAUGGCUACAGAAGGUCAGGAAGAGCAUGUGGUUACAGACUAUAUUCUUAAGAUUUUAGGACUAGAGGUUUGUGCAGAUGUAAUGGUGGGGAAUGAAAUGAUAAGGGGUGUUUCUGGAGGACAAAAGAAACGUGUUACGACAGGGGAGAUGUUAGUUGGUCCAUCUAAAGCUCUGUUUAUGGAUGAGAUUUCUACUGGCUUGGACAGUUCAACUACUUUCCAAAUCGUAAAAUCAUUAAAGCAGUAUAUACGCAUUCUCAAUGGAACCGCGGUCAUCUCUCUUCUCCAGCCACCACCAGAAACUUACAAUCUCUUUGAUGACAUUAUUCUCCUAUCUGAUGGUCAGAUUGUAUAUCACGGUCCUCGAGAAAAUGUACUCGAGUUUUUCGAAUACAUGGGCUUCAAGUGUCCUGAAAGAAAAGGAGUUGCAGACUUCUUACAAGAAGUAACAUCAAGGAAAGACCAGCAACAAUAUUGGGUAAAUAAAGAUGCGCCCUACAGUUUUGUCACAGUUAAGGAAUUUGCUGAAGCGUUUCAAUCGUUCCAUGUUGGACGAGGACUCGAAACUGAGCUUUCUACUCCAUUUGAUAAGUCCAAGAGCCACCCUGCUGCUUUGACAACUAAAAAGUAUGGAGUUGGAAGAAUGGAGCUUCUCAAAGCUUGUUUCUCCAGAGAGAUCUUGCUAAUGAAGAGAAAUUCAUUUGUCUACAUCUUCAAGAUUACACAAGUUGCUAUAAUGGCAAUGCUUGCAAUGACCCUUUUCCUUCGGACCGAGAUGCAUAGAGAUUCAGUAUCCGAUGGAGGAAUUUAUGCGGGAGCUUUAUUCUUCUCUGUCAUAUUUAUCAUGUUCAAUGGACUCUCAGAGAUUUCAUUGACCAUUGCAAAGCUUCCUGUGUUCUAUAAGCAAAGGAAUCUCCUGUUCUAUCCGUCGUGGGCAUUCUCUCUUCCCCCAUGGAUUACUAAGAUACCUAUAACACUGGUGCAAGUUGCUAUAUGGGUGUUCCUUACCUAUUAUGUUAUUGGAUACGAUCCUAAUGUCGGAAGGCUCUUUAAGCAGUACCUUGUGCUUGUUCUUGUUGGCCAGAUGGCUUCGGGAUUAUUUCGCUUUAUUGCUGCAGGAGGAAGGAACAUGAUUAUUGCUAAUACUUUUGGGUCAUUUGCACUGCUUCUACUUUUUGCAUUGGGAGGUUUCAUAUUGUCACGUGAUGACAUAAAGAAAUGGUGGAUAUGGGGUUACUGGAUAUCACCACUGAUGUAUGCGCAGAAUGCAAUAGUAGCUAACGAGUUCCACGGAAACAGCUGGAGUAAUGUCCUUCCAAACUCAAAUCAAACACUCGGAAUUCAAGUUCUGAAGUCUCGAGGAUUCUUCACUGAUCCCUAUUGGUAUUGGAUAGGAGUUGGAGCAUUGGCUGGAUUCACACUGUUGUACAACUUCUGUUUCACUCUAGCUCUCACAUUUCUUGGCCCAUUGCAGAAUCCUCGAGCUGUUAUAUCUGAAGACUGUACAAGUAAUGAGCCGGGAAAAACAGGAGGAGCCAUUCAGUUAACCUCUGCUAGUUCAGAGGCUGUAGUUGAAGGCAGCCAUCAGAAGAAAAAAGGAAUGGUUCUUCCAUUUGAACCACAUUCUAUUACCUUCAAUGACAUCAAGUAUUCUGUUGACAUGCCACAGGAAAUGAAAAGCCAAGGUGUAGGUGAUAGUAAAUUAGAGCUUUUGAGAGGUGUAAGUGGCUCUUUUAGGCCGGGUGUGCUUACGGCUCUAAUGGGUGUCAGUGGUGCGGGUAAAACCACUCUGAUGGAUGUGCUGGCUGGCAGAAAAACCGGUGGAUAUAUAGAAGGAGACAUCAAAAUCUCUGGCUACCCAAAGAAACAAGAAACUUUUGCUAGAAUCUCAGGAUAUUGUGAGCAAAAUGACAUCCAUUCUCCACAUGUUACUGUCUACGAAUCAUUGGUUUACUCAGCUUGGCUUCGUCUUCCUCCUGAAGUGAACAACGAAACCCGAAAGAACUUUAUCGAUGAAGUAAUGAAACUUGUAGAAUUGGAGCCAUUGACACAGGCAUUAGUUGGAUUGCCAGGUGUGAGUGGCCUGUCGACUGAGCAGCGCAAACGGCUAACUAUUGCAGUUGAGCUGGUGGCAAACCCUUCUUUAAUAUUCAUGGACGAGCCAACUUCAGGCCUAGAUGCAAGAGCUGCUGCAAUUGUUAUGAGAACAGUGAGGAACACCGUGGACACUGGAAGAACAGUUGUGUGUACUAUCCAUCAACCAAGCAUCGACAUAUUUGAUGCUUUUGACGAGUUAUUCCUUAUGAAACGAGGAGGUCAAGAGAUAUAUGUUGGGCCACUAGGCCGCCAUUCUUGCCAACUAAUCAAGUACUUUGAGGCAAUUGAAGGGGUGAGUAACAUCAAAGAUGGAUAUAAUCCAGCAACUUGGAUGUUGGAAGUUUCAAGUUCAGGUCAAGAAACAGUUUUAGGAUUAGAUUUUGCUGAUAUUUACAAAAAGUCAGAAUUGUACAGGAGAAACAAGGCUCUCAUUGAGGAAUUAAGCAAACCUGCUCCAGGUUCAAAUGAUUUGUAUUUUCCUACUCAGUACUCGCAAUCAUUUUUCACCCAGUGUAUGGUAUGCUUGUGGAAGCAACAUCUGUCGUACUGGCGCAAUCCACCGUAUACUGCUGUCAGAUUUCUCUUCACAACUGCCAUCGCCUUGAUGUUCGGGACAAUGUUUUGGGAUCUUGGCUCGAAAACGACAAAACAACAAGACCUUUUCAAUGCGAUGGGAUCAAUGUAUGCAGCGAUUGUCUUUCUUGGAAUCCAGAAUGCAUCAUCUGUGCAGCCAGUAGUUUCAAUUGAAAGAACAGUCUUCUAUAGAGAAAGAGCAGCCGGAAUGUAUUUACCUUUGCCAUACGCCUUUGCUCAGGUUGUGAUUGAGCUUCCUUAUAUCUUCUCGCAAGCUUUGGUAUACGGUGUAAUAGUGUAUGCAAUGAUUGGAUUUGAAUGGAAAGCAGAUAAAUUCUUUUGGUACCUCUUCUUUAUGUACUUCACAUUAUUGUACUACACCUUCUAUGGCAUGAUGUCUGUUGCUAUAACACCAAACCAGCAAGUGGCAUCCAUAGUUUCCUCUGCAUUCUACUCUAUAUGGAAUCUAUUUUCCGGAUUUAUAAUCCCUAGACCCAGAAUUCCUGUGUGGUGGAGAUGGUAUGCAUGGGCGUGUCCAGUGUCAUACACAUUAUAUGGAUUAAUUUCAUCACAAUUCGGAGAUGUAAAAAACAAGCUUGAAUCUGGUGAAACGGUUGAAGAUUUCGUGAGAAAUUAUUUUGAUUUCAAGCAUGAGCUUCUAGGCGGUGUUGCAGCUGCAGUUGUCGGGUUUGCAAUAUUUUUCGCGUUUAUCUUCGCCUUCUCGAUUAAGUUCCUCAAUUUCCAAAGGCGAUAAGAACAUUUUGGCUGCAUAAAGGAACAGCAUCCACAGUGUGAUUUGCAACUAUAAUGUAUAGUUCUUGACUUGAUGUACAUAUUUUUACACGCAAUACAAAAUAUUUAGUAUUGAAGGAUAUCGCUAGCUAAUUCAAUGGCUGCAUUUGUUCGAUUUAAUCCACAGUUAAUAGAUAAGCCAUUGUUAUGAA